AAAGUACCAUGCAUCAUCUCUAGUGUGAAGUGGAGGCCAAAAAAUCCUGGUUUUAUUUAUUUAUUUAUUUUAAAAAAACAUGAAAUGUUAUGCAUGGAUGCACCCAUGCAGACUUGCAAGGCCAAGAAAUCUUUUUGUCAUAUUUUGAAUAAAAAUAUUGUUGGUGAAAUCCGCUCCGGGAUCCGUAAAUUGAUUUUUUUUUUCCGUUCUAUAAAUCUCCAACAAUUUCCUUCACUCUGAAACAAAAUUACAUAACAAUCCCAGUAAAGUGAUUCUAGAGUGUCAUUCAUAGCCAUGAAGAUCAGAUCCUUAGUGUUUCUUGCAAUUGCUUUGACAAUGGCACCAUUAGGUCAAACCCUUCUUCCUGAUCAAAGUGAAGAAGCCGUUGAUAAAUAUUUCACCAAGCUUUCUCAUGCAAAACCCAAAUAUGAAAAGAUCCGACUCUUUAUCCACGACGUCGCCAGCGGGCCGAAUCCGAGCAUCGUCCCGGUAGCCCGCGCCAACGGCACGGCUAAAUCCAAAACCCAGUUCGGAAUAGUUAACGUUGUCGACGAUAGAUUGACAACCGGACCCGAAGACAAGUCCAGGGAAGUUGGCUAUGUUCAGGGUGUUUAUGUUUCGGCAUCCAAGGAGAAUGUAAGUUUGCUUGUGGCACUUAAUUUUGUGUUCACUAAUAAGGAGUACAAUGGUAGCACUCUCAGCGUUUUGGGACGGAUCGCGGAGUUUUCCGACAACCGGGAGUUCCCGGUGUUGGGCGGUUCCGGUUGUUUCCGUCUGGCGCAAGGAAUCGUUGUCGCUAAAGUUCACUCGGCGGAUGCUUCCACAGGAAACCGUAUCGUUGAGUGCCGUUUCCAUUUCUUGCAUUAUUGAUGAGUUUCUUUUUUUUUUUUUUUUCACUUUGGGCUAUCCGGGGCGUUUGAAAUUAUAUUUUAGUUAACUUUCGGUGUAAGUUUAAUCUACUCUCCGUUCAAAUUUAAAAUGUUUGAAUACCAACGUGGUGUAAUAAACUAGGAACUCCAAGUUAUUGUCUCCUUCAUUAUAC